AUGGCUCACAAGCGCGCUUGCGUCCGCCGCAUGACCGCCUUCUUCUUCUCCUUCUACUGCUGCUGCACCGCCGCCGCACAUCUUCUCCUGCUCAUUUUGUCCCUCCUCGUCGUGCUCCUCGACCACAACAACAACGAGACGGUCGUGGCGCUCACCAUCACGUUUGACAACCAGUUCGCCGUGCACGUGUUGUGA